CAUCCAAAACAUUCAUUGAGGUCUUUACUGUGCAAUGUGUUUUGAGCACCGGUGGAUUCGUGUAAAAUAAAUAAAAAACAAUAGGGGAAUAGGGAAAAUCAGUAAAUGCACGACUACCGGUCUGCUCAUAAUUCAAAGUACGCGGGAAAAAGAGUGAUAACGGAGCGGGGGUGAACAAGCGCCUCAGAAAAGAAAGGAUAUGGAUGAGGAUGGCAGCCUGAGCUCAGGGAUGGAGAUGGAGUUGGAUCCAGAGCUGGAGGAGGAGUUUGGUGUGUCUCUGGAUGAAUUGCGCAAGUGGAUCGAUGAGCAGGUAGACUGCAGUGAGGCUGUACUUCAGAGGAAAGCUCAGCUGGCACAGCUGCAGGACUGGGUUGAGCACAGGGAAAAGGAGGUGGCUGAUAUUGAUACUCUCUGCUCCAAUGCAUCAGAGUCUGUGGUUCAGUGUGAGGCUCUAGUGAAGGAGGUGUACAGGAAGAUGGGUCUGGCGUAUCGCGAGAGCAGCUCGGAAGACGAGGGAGGAAGCAAAGCAAACACUUCUGAAGUCAUUGAGAUUGAUGAUGAUGAUGACGAUGAUGUCAUUGCUGUUGCAUGCGUUGUUCCUCCCAAGAAGGUUGUGACCCCAGCCAAGGACACAUCGUUUAAGGAAGCUUCAGCUGCCCUUCAGAGAACAUCUAAGCAAGUGCAAAACCUGGUCCAGACCGUCAACCGAGCAGCCCCGCCUCCAUCGGGUAUCACCACACCCACCAAGACCUUGGUCUCUCCUUCACAAGGACACAGUGGUCUGACUGUUCCAGCAGUGUUUAUGUCCUCAGCCCCAAAGAAUGCAGCCACACAACCAAAUCCUAAUUUGAAACUGGACAGUCUGAAGAUAGACAUGACUCUUUUGGGGAAAAAACGAACUAAGACAUGGCACCGUGGAACGCUUGUUGCCAUCAAGCAAGUGGGGAACAAUUUUAAGUAUAAGGUGAGGUUUGAGAAUAAAGGGAAAAGUCUUUUAUCUGGGAACCAUGUGGCUUUUGACUACCACCCAACACUGGAGAGACUGUAUGUUGGUGCCCGUGUUGUUGCCAAGUACAAGGAUGGCAACCAGGUCUGGCUGUAUGCAGGUGUAGUGGCUGAGAUGCCCAGCAGCAAGAACCGUAUGAGGUUCCUGAUCUUCUUUGACGAUGGCUAUGCCUCAUACGUGGGUCUGCCCGAGCUCCACCCCAUCUGCAGGCCAAUGAAGAAGACCUGGGAGGAUAUUGAAGAUGCAUCAUGCAAGGAUUUCAUCGAAGAGUAUAUAACAUCAUAUCCCAACAGACCCAUGGUGCUGCUGAAGCCAGGGCAAAUUAUAAAGACGGAAUGGGAAGGGACGUGGUGGAAGAGCCGUGUGGAGGAAGUGGAUGGAAGCCUUGUCAAAAUGCUCUUUCUGGAUGAUAAGCGCAGUGAGUGGAUAUAUCGUGGCUCUACGCGACUGGAGCCCAUGUUUAAUCUGAAAAUGAAUACUGCUAACAGUCAGGAGAAGAAGAUGGCUGGUCAACAGAGACAGCGCCCUAAUAUGGGAGCAUUGAGGACUAAGGGCCCCGUAGUGCAGUACACCAGUGACAAUAGUAAUGCCACCUCCAGUCGACCUGUAGCUCCACAGCUCCCUCAGCUCCCUCCGCCUCGACCCCAGAUACAGCCUUCUGCUCCCUUACAGCCUUCUGCACCCUUACAGCCUUCUGCACCCUCACAGCCUGCUGCAACCUUUCAGCCUGCUGCAACCUUUCAGCCUGUUGCAACCUUACAGCCUGUUGCACCUUUACAGCCUUCUGCACCCUCACAGCCCUCUCGCACAGAAAGUCCUAGCUUGAAGAGUCAAAUGGCUAAGAAAAGCACUGGUCAGGUUCCAUUUCAGACUCGACCGGUUAUGACCCCUGACCUCCAAUCCAAAGCAAUAAUCAGCACUGUUUCCCAGGCCAACACCUCCAGGCUUUACGUUCUGCAGCCUGGUGCUGUACAUACUCUGACACCAAUCACUUCAGUCAAUCCUUUGCAGUCAGUCAUUACGACAUACGCAAGUGAGCGUAUUCCUCAGGAGCCGUCGUACCAGGCUCCAAACGACAGACCCUUCUACCUUACACACAUCUGCACUCCAGACUGUCUGAAGAGCAUUCGGCCCACCCGCACCAGCCUGCACAGAGGACGCAACCCCCUUCUUACACCGUUGCUCUAUGAGUUUCGCCGCAUGACUGGCCGCAGAAGGCUCAACCGCAAGAUGUCGUUCCAUGUCAUCUACAAGUCCCCGUGUGGUUUAAGUCUGAGAAAUAUGGCAGAGAUCGAACGUUACCUUUUCCAGUCACGCUGUGACUUCAUAUUCCUGGAGAUGUUCUGUUUAGACCCCUACGUGCUGGUGGACCGUCGAUUCCAACCCCAGAGGCCCUUCUACUUCAUCCGGGACAUCACGGGUGGCAGAGAGGACAUUCCUCUGUCCUGCGUGAACGAAAUUGACAACACUCCUCCUCCCAACGUGGCUUACAGUAAAGAGAGGAUCCCAGAAGAUGGUGUCUAUAUUAACACAAGCCCUGACUUCCUGGUGGGAUGUGACUGCACUGAUGGCUGCAGAGACAAAUCGAAGUGUUCGUGCCAUCAGCUGACGCUGCAGGCCACAGGAUGCACUCCAGGAGGACAGAUCAACCACAACGCUGGAUACCAUAACAAGAGACUGGAAGAGUGUCUGCCUACAGGGAUCUAUGAAUGCAAUAAGCGGUGUCGCUGUAAUCCACAGAUGUGCACUAACCGUUUGGUUCAGCACGGUUUGCAGGUCCGGCUCCAGCUUUUUAAAACACAGAAUAAGGGUUGGGGGAUCCGUUGCCUUGACGACAUUGCCAAGGGCUCCUUUGUUUGUAUAUAUGCAGGUAAAAUCCUGACAGAUGACUUCGCUGAUAAGGAAGGUCUGGAGAUGGGGGAUGAAUAUUUUGCCAAUCUGGACCACAUAGAGAGCGUGGAGAACUUUAAGGAAGGUUAUGAGAGUGAAGCUCACUGCUCUGAUAGCGAUGGCAGUGGGGUGGAUAUGAGCAGAGUUAAACUUCCUCCUUCCUCCAAACAUGCCAAACCCAACACCAAGGAGGAGCGUAGCAGCACUACUGGCAAAAGCCAAGACGAUUCCUCUGAAUCGAGCUCCGACGACAAAGACGAAGACUCAAACGAGGACGAGAGCGACAGUUCAGACGACACGUUUGUGAAAGACACAUAUUACACCACUAGCUCAGUGUGGAGGAGCUACACCACCCGCAGACAGGCAAAAGGAAUGAAGGAAGAGAGCCAUGACAGUAAGGAUGGAUUGAGUGCAUCAGCAGGAGACGAAAGGAAACCACCUCCUGUGCCAGAGGAGACCGGGAAGAGUAAAGUGGCAUCCUGGCUCACCAGUCAAUCCUCUGCGUCUGGAGCUCAGAACGUGAAGAUUGAGGGAGGGCUGAAGGCUGAAAAGAAGGAAGUGAUGACUCUUUCUGACAGUGAUGACGUGCAAACCAUUAGCUCAGGGUCAGAUGACAACAAAGAGAGAGAGAAAAAGACUCAGGCUGUGGUAAAGAGGCAGGUGGCAGUGAAGUCCACACGUGGCAUUGCUUUGAAGUCCUCCCACAGUAUGAUGGUCAAGUCCAGUGGAGCGGUUGGAGGAGGUGGGUCUGGAGCUCCUCAAGGACAGGGUGGUGGUGGGGGUGACAGUGGUCCGAAAAACACCCGCCUGUUCUUCGACGGGGAGGAGUCUUGUUAUAUCAUUGACGCCAAACUAGAGGGCAACCUGGGGCGCUACCUCAAUCAUAGCUGCAGUCCCAACCUGUUCGUCCAGAAUGUCUUUGUAGACACUCAUGAUCUACGCUUCCCCUGGGUGGCUUUCUUCGCUAGCAAGCGAAUCCGAGCAGGGACAGAGUUGACGUGGGAUUAUAACUAUGAAGUUGGCAGUGUGGAGGGUAAAGAGCUUCUGUGCUGCUGUGGAUCGACAGAAUGCAGAGGACGGCUGCUCUAACACAUGAACAUAAAGGUUCCUCUUUUAGUAUAAGUUUAUGAACACUUACGUAGAGCUCCAGAAGCUGGUGUUGACCGUAUAAGGCCUAUGCUACUGAUAAGAACAGAUGAGACACUAAAUGAAGAGGAGUUUGUUCCUGAAGCUGUAAUUACUGUAUAUGUGCGCAUUCUAUUAGCUGUCCCGAUUCGCAAAGCUCUGCCUUUUACUUGAACCAAUACUAUGACAUAACCUCGAAUUUAUACAAUCCUUUCAUUAAACAGCUGUUUUAUUUUUAUCUGUCAAUCUUGUGUCUGUAAUGUUUUUUCAUCUUUUAUGUAAUACAUUGUUAUCAAAAUGAGAACCAUUGUUUAUUUUUUGUUUUAACUGUUAUUUUUGUGAUCAACUUUGUAUACAACUGGUUAGAUGUCCACUUUUUGGUUGUGUUUUGAAAAACGAGCAAAAUUGUACUUUUAUCACAGUUAUAAUAAACGUUCACACUACAA